AUGCGCCCAUCCCCUCUUCCACCCUUGGCUGCCGUCUCGAGAUCUCUCCCACGUAGGCGACGCUGCUCAGACCCGCCAUGGCGGGGCCGCCGUGACGACGACCGCUGCUCAUCCUCGACACCCCCGUCCUCGCCGCCGGUGCAUCCGCACCCGAGACUGCCCUUUCGCUUCGAGACAGGCAUCGGGUUGUUCGCCAAGCGCCCGCCGAGGCCCUUCCCCCCGCCCUUCCUCUCUCCUCCGUCCGGCUCCUUCUCCGACCCGCUGAGCACGCACCAUCGGAGCCGGGAUCGGAGAGUCUUUGUCAACGGCGAGCUGAUACGGGGGCUGACAAACGGCGACGAUGCCGUCUACGAGAGCGACUUCUUCAUCGGCGCAAACGACGGCGUGGGCGCCUGGGCCGCUCGACCGAGAGGUCACGCCGGCCUGUGGUCCCGCCUCAUCUUGCACUUUUGGGCGACGGCCGUCGAGAAGGACUUGGAAAGGUGUCUCUCCCCGCCCCUGCCGCACGAGCCGCACGAACCCGACCCCGUCGCCGCCCUUCAGUCCGCGUACGAGCAAACGUUGGAUGCCACGGUGCCCCAUGAUUGGCAAGGAACCACGACCGCCUGCGGCGCCCAGCUGCACUACAGGAUGCCCCCGGAGGUCGUGGGAGGCGGCCCUACGGCGUUGCUGUACGUGACCAACGUCGGAGACUGCCAGAUCAUGGUCGUCCGCCCGAGGCUGCGCGAGGUCGUCUACAAGACGAAGGAGCAGUGGCACUGGUUCGACUGCCCGCGACAGCUCGGGACGAACAGCCCGGACACGCCGAGACGGAGCGCCGUCAUGGACACGGUCGAUCUCGAGGAAGGCGACGUCGUGCUCGCCAUGACCGACGGCGUCAUCGACAAUCUCUGGGAGCACGAAAUCGUCGAGACGCUGGUGAAGAGCAUCGGCGACUGGGAGUCGGGCACGAGCCGCCACGGCGCCGCGGAUCGUACGGGGGGGCGCAACGGCGGCAUGAAAGCGGCGGCGCAGGAGGUUGUCGCAGCAGCCAAGGUCAUCGCCAUGGACCCGUUCGCCGAAAGCCCAUUCAUGGAGCACGCCAUCGAGGAGGGGUUGGCGAGCGAAGGAGGAAAACUUGACGACAUCAGCGUCGUCGCGGCUUUCGUGCCAAGGUCUCCUCCGUCAGGUGACGAUCAAGUGGGACCUUGGCUCGACCCACCCCCUCUUGUCGCUCACCAUCUUAUCGCACUGGGUGGUGUUUGGUCAUCCUCAAAAGCCUCCGCAAACAACCAACCGCUGCAGUUUCUCGCCACACGAUUCAAGAUGAGGGGGAAACGAUCCAAACAGUAUCGCAAGCUCAUGGAGCAGUUCUCCAUGGCAUUCGGCUUCCGCGAGCCGUAUCAAGUUUUGGUCGACGCCGAGAUGGUGCGAGAUUCGUGUCGUUUCAGGAUGGAGCUUGCACCCGCCUUGCAGCGCACAGUCCACGGAAAGGUCAAACCCAUGAUUACACAAUGCGAGAUUCGAAAACUGUACGCGCAAAAGGCCGAGCCUGGAGUUGACGAAGCCAUCGAGGUGGCAAAGACUUGCGAGCGGCGACGCUGCGGCCACCAUCCAGAAGAAUACCCCGAGCCUCUGAGCACGAUGGACUGCCUGCGGUCAGUCGUCGACCCCAAGGACCAGGGCGAGAACAAGCACCGCUAUGUUGUGGCGAGUCAAAGCCAAGAAGUCAGGCGCCUACUGCGCACCGUUCGCGCCGUGCCUCUCAUCUACAUUAAACGGAGCGUCAUGAUCCUGGAGCCCAUGUCGGACGAGAGCGCCGCCACGAGGGCUCGGGAGGAGAGAAGCAAAUUCAGGGCCGAGAUCUUGCCCGCCCUAGGAAAAAGGAAGCGGGAGGAAAGGCCGGACGAGGGCAACGAUGACGAUGGCGAUGGCGACGACAAUACGAGGGCGGCGGAGAAGGUGAAAAGGGGGAAGCGGCGCGGACCGAAGGAACCAAACUCGCUCUCCGUGAAGAAGACGAAGAAGGAUACGCAAACAAACGUGGCACGGAGGAUCACGAGACCGGAGGAAGAGGUUGCCACAGCCACGCAGGCAAAACGGAAGAGGCGGCGGAAGGACAAGACGGCCGGUGCCCCGACGAAGCAAGAGGGAGACGCCGAUUCGGCAGCGCCAGCUGUUGCCGACGUGGAUGGAAACGACGGCUAG